AAAAAGGCCACACCUACGCUUGCUAAUCAGUGUAUCUCGACUUUGCUACACUGCAUACGGAAACACCACAGCAGCAGAAAUGUACCACAGCAAGACACCGAUCAGCUUAGCUAUUCUUGCCGUACUGGCCGCCGUGGUAUAUGCUUCUACCUCUGGUGGUGGAGGACCUUACAAGUAUGACAUAUCCACUCAGAGUGGUCUUACAGAGCUAUACAACAAGCCGGUGUUUUUAGCAGAGAAAAUGAAACGGCCCUUGGAUCCCUUUUCCGUCAAAAUGGGAUGGUUAAGCCACUCAGGAGUCAGAGUCACUUUGGGUGAUGAUAGUCAGUGGCUCAUCCAUAAAGGAAAUGAUUUUGGCAUCGAUUCCCAGACAGUUGUAGUAAGUGAUCGCCACAUGAGUGACAACUGGGAGGUCGUUGAGUGGAAAAAUUUCUAUGGCACCAAGAAGGUGGGUGACUUCGUGAAGGCCUCAGGUGUCGGUUAUAACUGGAUUUUUAACAACUGUCACAUUGGAGCUAAUAGGAUGAUCAAGCAAUAAGGCAGUAUCAGAGCUUUUAUUCUGCUGUGGAUUUUCCGUGUUAAGUUUCAUCAGUAAUAUGUUAAUUUACAUCAUGUGAUUUCAUGUUUGUCCUUUAAAAAUACCCACAAUGCAUGUGAUGUAUCGCUUUGUCAUUAAUCUUCAUAUGUGUGUACUUUUCAAUGGACAAAUGUCAGCUGGGUUUCAAGUAAUUUUAAUAACUACUUUAAAUAAACUGGGAAAGUUUAACCUAUAUUUAUCUACUAAAACUAAAAAACUAAAUAAAAUGAGUUCUUAAA